AAGUGGAGACUGUCGAGGCUGCGGAAAUCAUUUUUAGUCAACGCUGAGUUCACCUGAUCCUUUCUGUUUAGUGUUUUUGUGUUCGCUCCAAACAAAACAGACCGUGAACGCAUCGCCGGGACCAGUUUUUAUUUAUUUAUUGAUUGUUUUGUUUCGGAGCUCAACUCUUCUUCACCCUCCUCAUGGACUCUGCAGAGGGUCAGCGGGGACGGGAGGGCGGCGGUCAGAGACGUUCCCCUCUCGACGUCAUCAUGAACCAGAUCCGCAGGAAACGCACGGCCUCGGACAGGAAGCCGCUGGGACGCUUCCUGUCCUGGACCUCGGACCGGAAGGGGAUCCCUGAGGACGGAGAGACGGAGGGCAGAGAGGAGGAGGGAGGACGGAGCUCAGGCGCCGCUGUGGCCGUGGAGAGCGAGCGCGACGUCGGCUGGGGUCGAGUGUGUGUUUUCCUGCAGAGGUUGGGGAAGAAAGUCGACAGCCGGAGCCUGAACCUGGCUCACUGUGACCUGACUGCUACAGACCUGCUGGAGCUAGCGACGUUGCUCGAGUUUCUCCCCCUGCUGGAGGAGGUGGACCUCUCCUGGAACGAGCUGAUUGGCGGAUGCCUGGCAGCGCUGACCUCUCACCUCCAGCGUGUGGGCGGGAUCAGAGCGCUGAGGCUCUGCAGCUGUAGGCUGAACGCUGAUGACGUCGCUGCGCUCGGUGAAGCUCUCGGCUGCGUCCCUCUCUUGGAGGUCCUCGAUUUGUCGUGGAACGGUGGCGUUGGGGGCGGCGCUUUGCAAGGCCUGCUGGGUAAACUUCACCCCACCCUGAGGGAGCUCCGCCUGGUGGCCUGCCGGCUCACUGCAGCUGAUGUUCCUGCACUGGGAGGGAUGGUGUCCGCUCUCCCCAGACUCAGUGUGUUGGACGUCUCGUGUAACCCUCAGCUCGCACAGGAAGUAGAUGUCGGCGGCUUCAGAGGGCUGACCUCCUCCCUCUCCCACGCCGCCUCCCUCACCACGCUGCGCCUUCAGGCCUGCGGUCUGACGACGGACAGCCUGGACGCUCUCAGUGGUUCGCUCCGCUGCCUCCCCUCACUGCGAGAGUUGGACCUGUCCUGUAACAAAAGUCUGGCUGGAGGCCUGAGCCGCCUCACCCUCCACCUGAGUCACCUGACUCAGCUGGAGAGCCUCGACCUUCACCUGUGCUGUCUCACGCACAGCGACCUGGAGGCCCUGAUCCAGGUGCUUCCCUCUCUGACGGCGCUGACGGAGCUCGACGUGUCGUCCAAUAAGGCGUCAGGGGGCGUGGUCCACCCGCUGGUCUCCGCCCUCCCUCUGACACAGAUGAGGCGUCUGCCGCUCAACAGCUGCAGCCUGAACGAGGAGUCCGUUACUGCUUUCGCUCUCGCCGUGCCGUACCUGCGCGGCGUGGAUGUUUCCUGGUGUAAAGUGGUCGGCGGUCGUUUAGCGCUCCUGCUGGACGCUUUGCAGCCGUCACUCAUCCUGGAGCUCCGCCUCAGCAGCUGUGCGCUCGCCACUGAGGACCUGCGACACCUGGCUGCCGUGUGCAGACGCGGCUGCCUGUCCUCUCUGCGGGUGCUGGAUCUGUCCUACAACGGCUCGGUAGGUGACGACGGCUGGUUCGCCCUGUUUGCAGCCGGAGGCCUGGGCUCGCUGGAGGACGUUGACCUCAGCCUCCGACCUUCGACCUCUGCUCCCUGCUCACGCUGGCUGCCGGCGCUGCUCACCGCUCUGCCUCGACUGCCUGCUCUGACUCGGCUGGCGCUGCGGCGGUGGACGAUGGGCUCUCAGGACAGACAGCAGCUGAACCACCGCCUGAGGAAGAGGAGCGUCCUGCUGGAGUGGGAUCCACCCAAUACAGAAUCAGCGUUUAAGGCGACCAGUCAGGAGAGUCCAGAGGAUAGUCAGCCUGAGGAGUAGGGACUCAAAAUCCUGAAGAUGCUUAGCUGAAAACACGAAUAAUGGACACCUGAAUUAAAAAAAACAUGACCAACACUCCAGACAGUCAUAUAGUUUUUAAUUUUUUAAAACACGGAGCACGAUAUAACACACGUCUGGGAAAAUAAUAAUACAGAAAAUAUUUUUUAUACAUUUUCUUUUGCUUUUUCAAAUCCGAACAGUAACAUGUAAAAAAAGGAAAUGACAUAAAGAAGCACAGAGCACAAAAUAUCUUGUUUAGUCUAUAAAUAUUGUAAUAAAAACAUGUUUUACUGAGUUAUGGUACCGAUAUCAUGAA